GAAUAUAUUGGUUGUUGAAAGACUGUAAAGGUUGACUCUGGAGCGCUGUAUUUGGAUUGCAUGCUUUGGUAAGUGUCCGCCCCCAAGCUGUCGUUGUGAUCGUUCCUAGUUUUAUAAAUUUAAUAUAGUCACUCAAUCCGCAGUUGUCCUGUUUGUUUAUUUGAAUGAUACACAUCUUACAAAUAGAUUCAGAGUAACUGAAUUGUAUACAAGUACAUCAACCCAUAGAAAUAUUUAUGUAUGGAUUUUCCGUCCAAAAUUGUUACUCUCUUCUAGUUUGUGAUGAGCAGAAUACACUUGUGUCACACUCGUCUUCCGUUUUUCUUGAUGUUCUAUCUUUAAAACAACUUUAGACAAGUUUGGCUGGUAAAAUAAUCAAAAAAGUCACUGUCAAUAAAGUUGCCAGUGUCUGGGUACAUGGUGAUCAGUUUGAAAGAGGUAAUGUGUCGUCACCUAUUAUAUCUAGUUUAUCAUAGUCAAGAGAAGUUAAAAAACAUAAUUAUAGGGCGUUUCGUAGUCACGUUUUGGAACUUCUGUUGUUGUUUAGCCCUCGUCAAAUGCUUCAUUUUCAGGCACGGCUUCCGUAUAAAAGCAACUUUUUUUCACUUCGACCUUGAAAAAUGUUAAUCACCGAAGGAGAUCAUGUUCUAUUAUUCAAAGAACAUUGCUACAAGUUCGUCAAAAUCUCCUCAGAGAAGAGGGAGACAUUUGAUGGAAAAGUAUUCUCUCUAAGGAAUGCGAUUGGUGUGCCAUUUGGCUCUAAAUUUUUCGUUUCAGGAGAUCAAAUUCAUCCCACUAAACAUGAGUCAAUAAUUGAUAUAGAAAUUCCACCGAAUAAUGAAGAAAAACAUGGUGCGGUUGGUUUAAAAGAUAACAGAAAUAUCAAAGUUUCUCAAGCUAAUCAGAAAUUAUCUGGUUCAUAUAUCGAACAAUUGCGUCUUAAUGGUGUUUCAGGACAAGAUAUAUUAGACCAGUUAGUAGAAGGCAACCUAAAUUUUGAACAAAAAACACCAUUCUCUCAACAAAAGUACCUCAAGAAAAAGAAAGAUCGGCACCUGAGUUUAUUCUCAAUUGAAAAGCCUAAAGCGCGCAUAUGUUUUGAAAUAUUCAGUAAUCUUCGCCCAGAAAAGUGUCUUGGACUGCGUUUCGAGACAGUAUGUCGUAUCCUGUCUUAUGCUAAUAUUCAUGCAGGAUCAACUGUUCUUCUUUGUGAAACUUGUUCUGGACUUAUCACAGCCGCUACACUCGAACGUAUUGGCACAGAUCAACCAAAAGGAUCUGUGAUUCAAUUUUACCAUGGUUCAUCGUUUCCGCAAUCAGAAAUUAGUUCUGCAUACGCACAUUCGUACAGGGGAAAAGUUCAUCCUGUUCGUUUAUUGGAUGUAUUACCAAUCUUGUUAUACAAAGCUACUUUAGAUACCAAUCACGAAUUUGAGGCCAAUCAUCUGGAUGACAGCAAUUCCCAAAUUUCGUCUAAGAUUCGUAAAAUCGAUGAAGAUAUUUCUUCUGAGGAGAUAGCUCAGAGUGAAAACCGAAACUCACCAAAACAAUCCAAAAGCAGUGAAUAUUACAUUUCAUCAUUCAACCAAAUCUUUGGAAAUAAUCGUCCUACACCAGAUUCACUUGUCAUCGUUACUCGAUUUCAUCCGGUCGAUUUAACUUUAACCUUACUUCAAUUUCUACCUAUCGGGCGGCCAUUUGUAGUUUAUACACAAUAUAUACAACCCCUUGUUGAUCUGUACAAUGUUUUAAAACGACGCGGUGGAAUAACGCAUCUUCGUUUAACCGAUAGCUGGUUUCGACAUAUUCAAGUAUUACCAGAGAGAACGCAUCCUGAAAUUAAUACGUCAUGUUCAAAUGGUUACCUUUUAACCGGUUAUACAGUGGAACCUGUAUUAAGUACAAAAGAAUUUUUAGAGUCUGGAAUUUUAUCAUCUUUUGGUUGAUUUAAUGUUUGAAAUGCUUUUUUAAUUCUUCGGAAUGUAUGGGUGAUGUAUAUGUAUAGUCUUUCCAUAUUUUAUACAGAUGCUUUUGUAACCGAAAUAGUUUUGGAAUUCAAUAUUUUUUGGUUUUCCUUUAACAGUUUAUAUUAUCAUGUCACAUUUCCACGGUCAAUAAAAAAUAUAAGUACAGUUCUGUAACUA